AUGAGUAAAGACGAAACAAUUUCUUACUGUAAUGACCAAUUGGGCCCAUUGCCAACCACAGCUCCAAAAGUAUCUGAUAACGUUACUGACCUUUUCUCCUUCAAAGGUAAAGUUGUGUCAGUAACCGGGUCCUCCGGAGGUAUUGGUUGGGCUGUUGCUGAGGGCUUCGCUCAAGCUGGUGCAGAUGUAGCCAUUUGGUAUCAUUCUCACAAUGCUGAUGAAAAGGCCAAAUAUCUCCAAGAAAAAUACGGAGUCAAGUCAAUUGCUUAUGGAUGUAACAUUGGUGUUGCUGAGGAAGUCCAAAAAACAGUUGAUCAAAUUGAAUCUGAUUUCGGUAAGAUUGACGUUUUCGUUGCCAACGCUGGUAUUCCAUGGACGGAUGGACCAGAAAUUGAUGUUCAAGAUUUAAGCAAAUGGACCAAGAUUAUCGACACUGAUUUGAACAGUGUAUAUUACUGUGCUCAUGCCAUUGGUCCUAUUUUCAGAAAACAAGGUAAAGGCUCAUUGGUUAUUACUGCAUCCAUGUCGGCUACAAUUGUCAAUGUUCCGCAAUUGCAAGCAGCUUAUAAUGUUGCCAAAGCUGGGGUUAAGCACUUGUCAAAGUCGUUGGCGGUUGAAUGGGCUCCUUUUGCCAGAGUCAACAGUGUCUCACCAGGUUAUAUUUCAACAAAUUUGACAACCUUUGCCAACCCUGAUUUGCAAAAGAAAUGGGUGCAAUUGACUCCAUUGGGUAGAGAAGGGCAUCCAAAGGAAUUGGUUGGUGCUUACUUAUACUUGGCUUCCGAUGCUGCUACUUUCACAACUGGUUGUGAUUUAGCUGUUGAUGGUGGUUAUACUGUCCCAUAG